AUAGAAUGGGUGGGAUGAGAUGGAAUAGUAAAUAUAAAAGGUGAGUGGGUGGAAGAUGCGGUAGAAUAUGGCGGGAAGGGGAAGGGGAAGCGAUUCGCUGUUGAGCCUCAUCCGCAAUUUCGCGGCUGAGAAAUCUGAAGGAGAACGAAGAGUAGUGAGUCUGAGAAAGCAGAUCGAGAAGCUUACACGGGAGCUGAGCCAGGCGAGUGCGGAGCUUGAGAAUGCCAAGCGAGCCAAACAAGUGGUUGAACAGGAUCUUAAAGGCUUCCAACUUCAAUUGAUUUUGAGUGAAGCUUCGGCUCAAACACUAGAGGCCAGGGUAUCUCUAAUUCAAGAACAAAUCUCUGCCGUUGGAUCUGAUUUGGAAACUAUCAAGUCUGAAGAAGCACAUUUGCGUGACCAGUUCUUCCACAACAUGCUUCAUCUCAAUGCCAGCAUAAGGAAUUUUCAAGAGAGCAUUAUUACUUACGACAUAGAAGCCGUUGAUUGCGCAGCCUCUAGAGAUGCACCAAAAGUAAUAUUGAAAGAGAAUGAUGCUGAAGUUGCUUUAAGGGCUCUUGAAAGUACACUUUUGGAGGUAAUAUGCCAAACUGCUAAAGUGGAUGAGGAAUACCAAGCAGAACAAAAGAAUUAUAAGAAUGUCCAGCAGCAAUUAUUUGAUUAUGAAAGAAAGGUGUCUUUAAUGAGCAUGAUAGUCAUGGAAACAAAAGAAUUGCAGGAUCUGACUAUGCAGUCUUCUAAAUUAGAAGCAACAUACAGUUCACUUGGUGAGGAGCUUCAAAGGAGAUGUAUGUGUCCUAAUUGUCAUGUGGACAAUUUGGAGUCUUUCAGUGAACUUCUGGCAAAUCUGGAGAAAUGACAUGAUGCAAGUAGUCUACUUC